AUGCGUCUCAGCAUCUUCCUCGUGGUGCUAGUCGUUGCCACCUUCUCCGUUCUUGUGAGCGCAAAGAAGGCCAACACCGUUCGCCACCUGAAGGGAACGCAGACCGACGACCUCAUCGCCGAGGAUGAAGAGAGAGGCGUGUGGGACGGCCUUCUCACGAAGAUGAAGGCUAAUGGCUUGAUCGGUGGUGUUGAAAAGGGCGCUGCUAACGCUGCUGCCGCCGCCAACGUCGCCGCCGCCGCCGCUAAUACUGGCAAUAGAUGGCAGAGUACGGUAAAAAAGGCGAAGGACGCGGAGAAUAUUAAGAAUGCCGAGGGUCAGACUACUGCCGCUGCUGCAGCUGCCGCCGCCGCUGGCACAGGCAACAAGUGGCAGACGGCCAAGAAGGCGAAGGAGUUGGAGGAUAUUAAGAGUGUCGAAGGCCAUACUACUGCUGCCGCCACUGCCGUUGCGAAGAACUGGGAUAAUGUCGCUAAGGCUGUCGAGUCCGGGACUCACCUGAAGAAGGUGGAUACCACGAACAGCAUGUGGAACACCGCGUUCGCCAAAUACAAGAGCCCCCAGCGGCUCAAGGAUCUUACCGAGGCCCAGGCUGUGCAGAUCACGAAGACCGCUGCCAAGGAAGUAGCGAAGAAUCCCUCCAAGUGA